CAGCUGAUGGAAAAAACCCAGGUGAACACUGACAGUUCAUGUGAGGUUUUAUGGAGUAUUUAAUGUCUUUUUAUGUGAUAUUGUGUUUAUUUAUUUGUCAAUGUCACCGUCAUAUCCUCUCAAAAACACGUUUUCUAAACCAGAUGUGUGUCAGCAGAGGGAGACGUUUCUCCUGUAAUGCUGAUGUUAUGCCGCGUGCGUAAUUUCGCACAGGAUCUCCGGGUAACUCCACAGGAGGUGAUUCUAGUGGUGGAGCAGUAUUUAGGUUGAUUGUGGAAUGAGUAGGAAUGCGCAAAAACAAGUGUUUUGGAUAUUAAGUAUAGAGGACAAACGUAAGGAAUUGAAAUGAAAAGCAAACACAUUACUCUCUCUCUCUCUCUCUCUCUCUCUCUCUCUCUCUCUCUCUCUCUCUCUCUCUCUCUCUCUCUCUCUCUCUCUCUCUCUGACACUCAUCUGUUAGUCCACAUCACUGAUUGCUUGCAGUUCACUUUCUUCUGAACACUUCUGAUCUCCGCGCGCUCCAGAUGCUGUAACUCAUCAUGCAGGUCUGAUUCUUUGUUCCGAACCCAAACCAGAUGCGCACCAGCCGAAACUAAAAGCCACUCGUUCCCCAGCUGUCGGUGGCGAUGUGGGCGACCUCGAGAAGGACGCGGUCGGAGGCGAGCGACGACGCGGAGAUCGCGGUGAACGUGGGCGGCGCGCGGCACGUCCUGUGCGCCAGCCUGCUCGAGCGCUACCCGGAGACGCGCCUCGCGCGCCUCACCACGCGCACCGCCGCCGACGGCUCGCGCGACCUCGAGCGGCUCUGCGACGACUACGACGCGGCGACGCGCGAGUUCUUCUUUGACCGCGACCCGGACGCGUUCCGGUGCAUCGCCGAGGUGUACCAGUACGGCGAAGUGCACAUGGCCAAGGGCACGUGCCCGGUGCGCUUCAGCAAGGAGAUGGAGUUCUGGGGAGUCGACAUGGACCUGCUGGACGAGUGCUGCAAGAGCAACCUGAAGGAAGCCGAGGACGAGCUUUCGGAGAUCGCAGAGAAGGUCCGCGCCAUCCUGGACGACAUAGAGGGAAGCCCUACGAGCGGAAAGUGCAGGACAUUUCUGUGGAGGCUCAUGGAGAAACCGGAGUCAUCCUGGGCGGCACGUACCAUUGCGCUUCUUUCGUUUCUCUUCGUGCUCCUGUCGUCUGUGGUGAUGUGCGUGGGCACUGUGCCUGAGCUCCAUGAGCAGGACGAGGAUGGAAAUCGGAUUGAGAAUCCAAGCCUGGAAGCCAUUGAGACAGCCUGCAUCAUCUGGUUUACGCUGGAAUACUUUCUGCGCUUAGCCGCAGCGCCCAGCAAGUUGCAUUUCGCCUUCUCCUUUAUGAACGUGGUGGACUUUCUGGCUAUUGCACCUUUCUACGUGCUCCUGCUGCUGUCCUACCUGGGCACCGCUGUGUUGCAGCUGGCCACCGUGCAGCAGGCGGUGCAGGCGCUCCGUGUGAUGCGUGUGGCACGCGUCUUCAAGCUGGCACGCCACUCCUCAGGCCUGCAGACCCUCACCUACGCCCUCAGGAGCAGCUGCAAGGAGCUCGGCCUGCUUCUCAUGUACAUGGGGAUCGGCAUCUUCCUGUUCUCAGCACUGGGCUACACGGUGGAGCAGAGCCACCCAGAGACCAUGUUCACCAGUAUCCCUCAGUCCUUCUGGUGGGCCAUCAUUACCAUGACCACAGUGGGUUACGGAGAUAUCUACCCCAAGACCACUCUGGGCCGGUGCAACGCAGCCGUCAGCUUCCUGUGUGGUGUGAUCGCCAUCGCCUUACCCAUCCACCCCAUCAUCAACAACUUCGUCAUCUUCUACAGCAAGCAGCGUGUGCUCGAAACCGCAGCUAAGCAUGAGAUAGAGCUUAUGGCACUACGCUCCAAGGAAGGAGAUCCUGUGGAUGCUGCUGGUUUGGAAUUCCAGCAGUCAAGUCAAUUCAUGGGUGAUCGAUUGCCAUGGGACUGUUCCAGUCUUACAGGACACAGAGAUGGCCAUGUUCCUUUACUCGAGGAUGCUGGACAGCACGUGGAAUUUCCCAUCACAAUGAAAUCUUCAUCAAGCCAAAGUCAAAUAUAGUGUUUAAAUAUCGUGAUAUGUAAAAACACACAGAAACGCAUCUAUCAGCUUUCUGUGUGGUUUCAUACGAGGCAGUAUCAUAAAGCUUCGAGACUAGUUUUGUAACACGCCCAAGGCUGAACGCAGUCACAGGGAGCACCAACCUUCAUAAGUCAGUGUACCGUCGUCCAGUGUACAUCGAGAGCCGUGCAACUGGUGCAAUCUGACCAGUUGCACACCCUGUCACUGAGCUCUCCUCACACGUUAAAACAACACAAUCUAACACGAAUCACCCUGCUCACCAGACUCCGCCCACUUCCAGAAAUGCAGAAGGUGAUUGACACGCUUCGAAAAGAAGACUUCCAGGACACUUUCCAGAAGAACGAUGGGACUGUAUUGCUGGGCAAGGGGACUAUUUUGAAGGUGACGGUGCGACUUGACUUGGAAAUGUAGAUAAAUAAAGUACUUUCUUAUAAACAGAGCUAGUCUCGAAACUUUUUGAUACCACCUCGUACAUAUUCCAGUAUCCAUGUGUAAGACAAAUCUAAUUCUUUUCCAUGUUUUCAUGCUAGAAAAUGUGCAAAGGUCAAAUCACAGUACCGUGUAUGUGCUGUAUAACGUGGAAUAAUCAACUUUUUUACAUAAUGGUCUGCAUAUGUUCAUCCACCAGCUUGUGAACUUCUGAAACGCAUGCAUGCUCAACCCUGAAUGCAUCAAGUAAAGAAUAUUUUGCCGAACAUGCGAUCAAGUCUUUUUUCCCCCCCAUCAUCAUCGUCAUCUUCAUCCUCGGCCGUUCGUUCCCCAAGGAGGAAAAGGAAUUGAUUUUCUAGUCAGCGUUUGUUCUAUUUUUGACCCGCAGCCAAGCACUUUAACAUGU